AUGGCUCAGAGAACCUUGAACUACGAUAAGUUGCAAGAGCUGCUUGCGGCAAGUGAUCAGGUGGAUGAGUUCCGCAUCAAGGAGCCGGCCUCUAAAACGAUAGAGAGCCAAAUGGAGGUCGAAAUGGACAUCCUUAAAAUAUAUGAAGACAUAUUAGGGCAAGAUAAAAGCCAAUUCCCCAUUCUUAGAAGUAAGAGCCAUUCCAAGUACAUCAACGCAUUUUUGAGCCGUCCGUUGCCCGCUCCAUUUACAGCUCUGGACGCUUCUCAGCCAUGGAUCGUCUACUGGCUUGUGAACUCUAAGGCCCUUCUGGGCGAGGAAAUUGAUCCAGAGCUGUCCGAAAGAGUUGGGUACAAAAUUCUUGAAUGCGUGGAUGCCGAAACGGGGGCGAUUGGUGGAGGAAGUGGUCAGAUGGCCCACCUGGCCGCGACUUAUGCCGGCUUGUUGGCUCUAACAGUGAGCAAAAGUUAUAAUGCUGCUGCCCAGCUUGAUAGGCGCAAAAUUUACAACUGGCUGCUACAGAUGAAGCAGCCUGAUGGCUCUUUCAUCAUGCAUUACAAUGGAGAAGCAGACACCAGAGCCGUCUACUGUGCGAUCUGUGUCGCUUCUCUUCUGGAUAUUCUGGACGACAAGCUUGCGUACAAGACGAUUGACUGGCUGGCCAGCUGCCAAACGUACGAGGGUGGGUUUUCAGGCUAUCCUGGCGAUGAAGCUCACGGAGGGUACACUUUUUGCGCUGUAGCAGCAUUGUCGAUGUUGAGAUCGCCCACGGAGCUACCAUCUGUGAUUGAUUUAGACAAUCUGAUCAGCUGGACUGUUCAAAGACAGUACAACGUGGAGGGAGGUCUUAGCGGUCGCACAAACAAGCUCGUUGACGGAUGCUACAGUCAUUGGGCCGGCGGGCUGACGCCAUUACUCGAAAUUGCGACCGGUCAAAGAGACCUUCUUAACCGAAUUCAGCUGCAAAACUACAUUCUCUGCUGUUGCCAGGAUGAGCCUGCAGGUCUGCGGGAUAAGCCGUCUACCCGGGCAGAUUUUUAUCAUACGAACUACGUCCUUUGCGGAUUGAGCAUGACGCAGCACUACCAAGAGUACAAGGAUGGAACGUACACUGGACACCGCAUCGCAGAUCCAAGCAUAACAGACAUUUUAGAUGUGAACCAAGUGCGCUCGUUGGACCCGAUUUAUGGUGUUCCGAAUGGAAUGGCUUCUCAGAUGAUCGCUUUGUAUAGAGCUUGA